GAAAUCUUCAGGGUCAGUUGAAGAAGAGAGAAAGAGAGCUGAGAACAGAGAAUGGGAGAGAGUAGUCUCUGUUUUGUGGCGUAUAUAUAUUGUCAAGGGAUCGUGUUGAAUUCGGCGGAUUGAGGCGCUAAAAAUAGGAAUAAGGCGAAGAAGAUGGGCAAACACAAGUCGCUCAGAAGCAAAGCAGUUCACUUUGUGGCUGAUCUUACCACUGGUCUCCUUAAUCCCAUCUCUGAUAAACCCUCUCCUCCUCCGGAGGAUGAAAACGAAUCUAAAAGAAACCAACUAGAGUCGAUCACCGAAGAGCAGUCUAAGGAUUUGGCUGACGAGCCAGACACUUCUUCUUUCACUGCAUUCAUCUAUUCUCUGUUAACCACCUCGGAUCCCCAAGAUAAAUCUGAUCAGGACGAGCAAGAUGAUUCCAAGGCGGAGACUAGUGAUACAUCCUCGGUUAAUGCUGGUACAGUGAAGGAGACGGGUGGAAAGAAAAGCUUUCUUUCCAAGUACAAGCAAUCCGUAAGGGCAUUUUACCAGGCCGCUAAGCUCAGCGGCUUCAGGAAUCAGGAGCGGAAGGGCAGUUCUGAUGUAAAACACGACGAAGAAGCUGAAUUCGAUGGCCUGGAGAUGAAGCAUAUGCAGAAUGUGGAAGGGGAGACGACGGUACAUGAAAGUAUACCGGAAGCUUCAGAGCCGUCUUUGCUUCUUUCGGAGCAAACGAGACGUUUCCUUUAUGCUUCACUCCCUGCACUUGUUCAGGGAAGGAGAUGGUUAUUGCUGUACAGCACUUGGAGGCACGGUAUAUCGCUUUCCACGCUCUACAGAAAAAGCCUGCUUUGGCCUGGUCUUAGCCUACUGGUUGUAGGAGACAGAAAAGGCACGGUUUUUGGUGGUCUUGUUGAGGCACCUCUGAUACCAACUGAUAAGAAAUAUCAGGGGGGCAACAACACAUUUGUUUUCACAAAUAAGUCUGGACAGCCCGUUAUAUUCGGUCCCACGGGACUGAAUCGGUAUUUCACUUUGUGCUCGACGGACUUUCUAGCUCUUGGUGGGGGCGGACAUUUUGCUCUCUAUCUCGACAAUGACCUGUUGAAUGGAUCAAGUGCUUACUCCGAGACAUACGGGAACCCUUGUCUCUCCAGCUCUCAGGACUUCGAAGUCAAGGAAGUCGAGCUGUGGGGGUUUGUGUAUGGCUCCAAGUAUGAUGAGAUACAUUCUCUGAGCAAAACGGUGGAGGCAGGAAUUUCCAGUUGGUAAAAAAAAACAUUGAAUUAAUGUUGUUGAUGUUGUUUUUUUGCUUUGUAAAUGCCUUAACGUUUUCAGACUGUUGUCAAUGUUUGGUUCAAGUAGUUUCCUUAUCCA